AGCCGUUAUUUCACCUGGCUGGUGAUUGUCGUAUGGGGUGCGGCGCCCACUUUUAUACCCCACUGGCUGUGGGCUGAGUCCCUGUUCAACGCGUGGUUCGUGUGCGUUAUGCUCCGGUACGCCAUAUCGUUGAACACCACGUUUCUCAUUAACAGUGUCGCCCAUAUGUAUGGCAUGAAGCCGUACGACAAGAAUAUAGCGUCGGUUGAGGCAAAUGUGCGCCAAUUUAUGGUCGGCGAAGGCUUUCACAACUAUCACCACACGUUUCCUAACGAUUACUCGGCUUCAGAGUUGGGUGCCAUCGACUCAUUCAACCCGCAGACGGCAUUUAUAGACAUGUUUGCGGCCAUCGGUUGG